CGAAUAGUAUGUAUAUGUAGUUUUUAAAUUAAAGAAGCUUUUUUUUAGCUAUCUACAACCUUUACAAAUAGAGGAUGCAAAUUGAAGGUAUGAGAAGCUAAUUUAUUAAGGAGAGGCCGGGUAGCUGCAGGAAUCAUAUAGAAUAGAAUAAUAAUGAAAAAUGGAGCAGUUUCCGGCUCAGAUCAAAACGGCCACCGUAACCCGGACGACGACUACCAACCGGCGCCGGCAAGUCGCAAGUCCAAAAUCAUCACCCACGAAAAUAACACCCUUUCAAGAAGGUUCUCAGCUCCUCAUCAUCAUGUCACAACUUUCAGAGAAGAAGAGGCUGAUAAUAAGAAUCAGACCACCAAGUCUUCAGUCAGGUCAAACAUCAUCAACAUUUCCAGCACAGUCUCUUCUCCAGGUUACACCUCAUCAAAAGAAGAAAUUGACCCUUCAACCUAUUCCUUUAGCACUGCCCUCAAAGCAUUGCAGGGGAAGACAGCAGGCGGCGGUUAUGGGAGGUGGUGGGCGGAGUACUACUGGAAGACGUCGUCAGCGGCGGAAGGAUUGAGCCUCAACUCGAAGUGGAACGAAGCAGAGAAAUACAUAUGCAAUCCCUUAUCAGGUGAGGUUCCAUUGGAAUGCCUCUCUGCGAAGACACUGAGUGGGAGAUCAUUCCGGCAACAAUUGGCCACCCGCCGCAGCCGGAUUUCAAUGUCCGCCCCGCUGUUCUACCCUCCCCGGCUUAAGAAACCGCCGCAUGCGCCUCCUUUUCUCCGACGACUUGAUAGUGAUCAAAGCACCACCGUUCCAAGCCAAGAGAAGAGUAGUAGUGAGAACACAAGAGAUGUGGGAACUCAAAGCAGCUGUGGUAGUAGUUGUACUCCACCACCACCACCUUACCCUCUCAGUUCAAGCAGUAGCCCAAAUCCAUCCGUUCAAGAAAGGUCAACUAAGAGGAAUCAUAUUCCUACUGAACCACCUCCUUCCCACUACACCUCCCGUACACAAGUAGACUCGGUUGAUGAUCACAAGGCACAAGAAGAAAAAGUAAAUACAAAAGAUGGAGAGGAAGAAGAAAUCGCCCCAAACAAUGAGUCAAGAGAGAAAGCAAAGCAAGAGAAGGAGAAGAGAGGUGAAAUUGGGAAGAUACAAAGAGGGUGUUUGUCAUUGAUUCGUUUCUUGUGGAUGAGAAAAAGGCAAAGACACAAAGAGAAACUCAGAUCAAGGAAGAAGAAAAAUAGUAGGCAUAUCUUUCUUUGCCCCGUUCAUUCAUGGUAAAAAAAAAUUAAUUUUGACACAUGCACAAAAAACAUGCAUGUUGUAAGGAGAAAAUGGCAUGUAGAAGACAAGAUCAUUGUACAUAGUUCUGAAUUCUGAUGAAAUUAUUUGUAUACCCUUGCUUGAAUAAACUAGCUUGUAACGUUAAUUUUUUUUGUUAAUAUAAAAGAGCCCCUUUUAUA